AUGGCCAUGAUGACAAUGCAGAUGGGAGGACUGGUGAUGGCCGCGCUGGGCUGGCUGGGCUCCAUCCUCACCUGUGCCCUGCCCAUGUGGAAGGUGACGGCCUUCAUUGGCUCCAACAUCGUGGUGGCCCAGGUGUUCUGGGAAGGGCUGUGGAUGAACUGUGUCUACGAGAGCACGGGGCAGAUGCAGUGCAAGGCCUACGACUCCCUGCUGGAGCUCACCUCUGACCUGCAAGCUGCUCGUGCCCUGGUGGUCACCUCCAUCUUCGUGGCCUUCUUCGCCUUCUUCAUCGCCCUCUCGGGAGCUGACUGCACCCGCUGCGUGGAUGACAACGGCACCAAGACCAGGAUCUCUGCGGUGGCGGGUGUAAUCUUCAUCAUGGCCAGCAUCAUGCUGCUCAUCCCCGUCUCCUGGUCUGCCAACAGCAUUGUCAGCAACUUCUACAACCCCAUGGUGCCUGAGGCCCUCAAGAGAGAGCUGGGGGCUGCCCUCUACAUCGGCUGGGCCUCCAGUGCCCUGCAGCUCUUCGGUGGGGGCGUCCUGUGCUGCUCGGGAUCCCAGUCCCAGCAGGACCCCUACCCCAAGAAGUACAGGGCUGUGAAAAGCUGUGGCCCGAUGGGCUAUGCCAUGAAGGACUAUGUGUGA